AUGAAGGACGUACAACAAAUAAUUCAAAUCGAUGGUGAAAUAUGGCAAAACCAAAUAAAUUCGAUUGGAAAUACCGUUCCUCCUAAUGCAAUGCACCUUGAUUGUGUAGGUAAUAUACACGACCGUCUUAGAAUGCGUCCUCAUGGUUACAUCGUUCUAGCAGAAGAUGGUAUUAUGAUCGACGAACUCUUCGCCAUAUCCUACGACGUUUAUGUUAUACAUCGCGUUGACUUGAUGUAUAAUACAAGUCAUAUAGGACAUAUUCUUCGAUUAACUCUUGCUACGCGUCUUAGUUUGGAGAAAGAACUUGAUAAGGGUACACAAAUAUUAUUUGAAGUAUAUUUAUUCAUGCCACUACAUAUGCAAACUCAAGAGUUGGCUAAUAUUCGCCAGAAUAUACUUGCAAACUCGCAUAAACAUCUCACCGCCUCUGGAUUUUAUGAAAACUCUGUAAUUAAUCAGAAAUGA